UUAUAAUCCUAUCAUCCAAGUGUGGUUUUCAUCGAUUCUGAUAAUUAUUCACUAAAUGAACACUUGAGGCUAUUCAUGAAGUCUAUAUCAUCAAGUCGUUCUGCCGAGGAGAGAGCCGCCAGGUACUUGCGUAAAAAAUCCAGCAUUACUUUAGGAGAAUACAGAGAAAAUACCUCAAGUAUGAUCAACGUACGAGGACCUGUCUUCAUGACACCGUUGUCUCAGAAAGCACUGUCAAAUCGUGGCGGGGAGAGCACAAAAAUUAUAUAUGAGAACACGUACAAGAUGGUCCCGAACAUCGCCUUCCCAGCAAAUAAAAUCAAAGACGUUGUCGAAAGGAUACUGAGUUGUGAAUUGAGGGAUACGCAGUACGACGCCGAGAAUUGUCGUCAACUGACAAGUCGCAUUUCAGAUAUAAUUAAAAGAGAAGUGAAGGACCUAAAUUUGGAAAGAUACAAACUGGUUUGUAUUGUUCAUAUUGGACAACGGGGUAACCAAGAGAUUAAAGUUGGUAGUCGAUGUUUAUGGGACGUGAGAUUAGACACGUAUAUAUCAGUGGAAUACCAGAAUACAUCAUUGUUUGCUAUUGCAACAGUCUUUGGUAUUUACUUUGAAUGAAAUGAUUGAUUGAUGAUGAUCAAAUCAUCAACUAUAUGUUCAUAUGAGAAUGUCAUUAUUUAAUAACUUAAGACAUCGAUCACAGAUGAUAAUGCCCUUAUAAAUAGCAGUGAACAGAACUUGCAGGAGUUUAAUUAUAGUUAUUAGAUAUUUGGUUGGAGUUUUUUCAGCGAAAGCUGGAAAACGUAUAGUAGAACGUAGUUUUGUUAUCUAUUAACAUAAACGUCAAAGACAGUUCAGUUGGGAAUUUUCGGUGACAGUACAGGUUAACUUGUUUAUUUUCUCCCAUUGCCCGCAUUGGUCAGCUUAUUGUCGCACGAACCUGUGAUGCCGGAUCAUUCUCGUGCCGCUACGCAGGCUAGACCAUUUCAUUCGUCUGACCAGGGACAUGAGCUGACUUGCAGACGGCAAAAUAGUAAAUGUGUAAAGGAUUUUAAUCGUAGUUAAUAUUUCCUGGUUAAACGACCCGCCGACCAUCCAUAAAAAAUGUACCUCGACUACACGCGUAAAAACGCUGAGCCUGCUACUUAACAGGAUUGAACAAUGUUGUGGGGCCCACAUUGUUCACACUUGUCAAGUUGUCAACGAUAUUGAACGAUAUUGUUCAGCCUGAAUCGGGUGUAACAAAAUUGUUUAAUAUACAAUAUACAAUAUACAACUGUGAACAAUGUGGGCAGCCAAACAUUGUUCAAUCCUGUUUUCAUCAACAUUGCAACAACUUGAUCGUUUUUAGCCGUAUAUCUGACAAUUGGUAGUUUUGUGAGAAUGUACUUCAUCUUGCAGGGUUCGUUGGGGCUUGUUAGCGCUAGUUAGGGUUUAGGAUCACAGGAUCAGGGUCAGAUCCAAAAUAUCAGUUAUGCAAGAUAAUACUAUUUCGUGGCUCUAUGUGAGGACAGCUGGCUCGUGUAAACUUGUGGUGGGAUCCCAUAAUAUAAAUUGGCAUGCAUAAAAAUAUAAGAUGCUCCAGAUGCCAUAGUCAGACAGUCUUUCCGACCUACUGACCAUUCUUUUUGGAAAAUAUCCGUAAACCAAGAAAUAAAUCAUAUCCAGCUUAGUGUAUUAUGUGUAAUUUAUAAUAAGUUAUUUGAAAAUUGUAGUAUAAAUUAAAAUAAAGAUCAAACUGUUCAAACAUGUAUGCGAGGCUAAGUAAUAGAGUAAUGUGUAAUAUGACGACGAUACGUUCCAAAAAAUAUUAAAUAAAAG